GUGUUAAGAUUAUGAACACUACCUUUCUUUUUUUUUGUGAAGGAAUCGUAAUGUUUCCUUGCGUACAUAAUAUUUUCAUAUAUAUAUUGAGAGGCAACAGUCAAAAUAUUUAUUUCUUUAAAUAUUUCUCUCAGAGAUUCUCUAGACCGUAAAUUAUACAGGAAUAUUUUUUUUUCCAGUGCAAAAUUUUUUUUUGAUGCUUCAGUAUCAGUAAUAGAACACUUUUCCAUAAUUAGUUAAAAAAAAAAUUAAAAUAUUUUUAUCCCUAUCGAAACGGUAGAAUAUGGACACAUUUUUUAAAAUAAAACUUCAAUGAAAACGUCUUCUCUUGCGUAUGCCCUCGUGCAACCCCGCCGCGCCGUGCGACACACUAGACCCGGGAUGCGACACACUAGACCCGGGAUUUUUCGAGAAAAUCCCGGAAAACUCGGAAAAACGCGAAACUUUAUGGUUGUUUACCGGAAAAAUUUGAAAUAAAUAAUAUAAACGGUAAAUGAUAAAAAAAAAUUAAUAAUACUAGAAAAUCGUGACAAAAAUAUAUAUACUUCCAAAAAUAUUUCGACUUUUAUUGACUUUUACUUUUACCCAAUUUUUUAUAAAAUUAAGUUUCAUUAAUGACAACGUACCCUAUUGGGACGUGUCUUAGAAUAAGAAAAACGGACUAAACGCAUCGAGCUAGGCUCUGCAAUUAACAUAUACACAACACGCACACACACAUACACACAAACAACAUAACAUACACACACAACCAAAUAUAAAUAAUAAAAAACAAUACAUACCUACACGCCGAGGAGAGGACCAGCAGUUGAUCUGCCAAAAAGGACGACGGCACCUAGAACAAAAAACAAAUAUCAUAAUACACACCUAAAACAUAACACACAUAAAACAUACACAUACACACAAGUAAAAUAUUACAUACAAAACAAAAUAAAUAAUUACAUCAUAGAAUCCGCUCCCCAAAAAACAUAAACAAUAAAUAGUAAAAGCAUUUAGAACAAAUUAAAAUGUAUAAAUCACCGAAACCUGUACCAAGGCAGACUAGCAGCCAAGAGUCGAUGCCCACUCCCUCACCAAGGAGGAGUUUAAUCAGCAAUCCGGAAACACCACCAAAACCGGAAAAGGAAAAGGCACAAGAGUGGGGUCCCGAUAUGGACAGAUUUUGGAGUGAUCUAUCAAGCAUAGCAGGUAAACUGUCCAAAGUCCUAGAAACGAUGGAAACCCAACCCACCUUAAGAAAAGAAACAAAAGACAGAAUAAUUUUAACAAUCAGGAAGACAAGAGAAAAAAUGAAAACAAUGGAGACUAUAGGAGAGGAUAUAAGAAGUUACAUAGAACAGCAAGAGAUAACAUUCGGCGCUUUAGAAAGAGACGUAAAAGAAUUAAGGAAAGAGAAACAAAUCAUGGAGAAAAUCGAAGAAAUGAUGACCAUGCAAAAUAAAAUGAAUAAACAAAUGGAAAAUAUAGAGACAAAUACCGAUAUCUUAAUAGAAAAUAGAACAAAAAUAAUUGAUAAAAUAGAGCAAACAGAGGACAAAAUAACAGCCGAAGUUAUCGAUAUGGGAAGAAGAAUAGGUGAAAGGAUAGAGGACAGUGGGAAUGAUAUUAAACAAGAAAUUACAAAAAAAGGAACUAAAACGACAGAACGCCACGAACAUCCAACCAUACAAAUAAAUAACAAGGAGAUUAUAAACAAAAUAGAAGAAACAGAAAAAUACUUGAAUGAAAGGAUAACACACGCGAGAGAGGAAACUAUAAAAGAAGUAAAGGAAAAGACAAAAGGGAUAAAAGAGCAACUGGUAGAAAAUAUAAAGAAUAACAACAAGGAAAUUAAAAAAGACAUAGAAGAAAAUAUAAAAAAGAUAGAAGAUGAAAUAAAAAGAACACCGCAGAAAAAUACUUCAUUAUCAUCAGAAGAGACACUUCAAACAUACGCAAAGAUUACGAAAAACAAGAACUUGAUGAGACAAAACCCCGAAAUAUAUAAAGAAGAAGAACAUAAAAAGAUGAAACUCAAAUAUAGGAAAAAAUCCACCAACCAAGACCGAUGCCAUGCAGUUCUCCAGGUCCAUCCUGAAGUAUGGAGGAAAAUUACGGAACAAGGGCGCCUCUACAUGGGGAUGGAGCGGCUAAAGGUCGAAGACCAAUCGCCGCUCAUCCAAUGUACGAGGUGCCUCGGAUUUGGACACGGUAGAAAAUUUUGUGUGGAAAGUGCGGACAGAUGCAGCCACUGCGGAGGCCCCCACCUACGCGCAAAUUGCCCAGAUAGGGAAGCAGGGAAUCCACCGAGGUGCUGCAACUGUGCGCACGCUGAAUACCCGGACCAACAGCAUAACGCCUUCAGCACAGAGUGCAGAACAAGAGAAAAGUGGGAGUACCUGGUGCGCUCGACCACACAAUACAUUUAAAGAAGCCCAGGAAUUUAGGAUCAUAAACAACACUACACAAAUACACAAAAAUACACUAACAAACCACAAAUCACACAAACAGACUCACACAAACACACACAAAAACCAUAGAGCAGAAGUCGGAACAGACCAGAGGGUUCAGCAGUCGAAAGCAGCUCAACAUCUUCGGAUGGUUUGGGAGAGGCGGCGAAAAUUGGAGAUGAUAAAGAUCGGCCAGGGAAGGAUAAGGAGCCUGUUAGUCAGUAUAUAUAUAAGGACGCAACCACUGAACAGGCGAUUGAGAUAAUGGAAACCGCCAUUAAGAGGUUGAACACGCUGUUGAAAGGAUCGGAAAUCGAAAGAGGGACGAAUCUCCGCAGUCAAGUGGGUGACGCACAAAUAGCACUUAUCGGGGGGCUCACGUUCCUUAAACACUACCAUGGCGUGUUGCUCCCGGAUGCGGAGGGACGGGUGGAUCUACUAACGAUGGAGCUGAAUAGGCAGAGAGCACUGAAAAAGGGGAAGGACAUGGUCUGUCAAGUAGAGAGGAAGAUACUGGAGAGGGACACUGGAUCGCAGACAGAAUUGACGAUUCGCAAAAAUAAAGAGGCUGGUUGCCAGUCGGAGGAGGCGUGGAGCAAUCCGUUGCGCCCGCCCCUUCGUCCGCCACUGGCAUCGGACAAGCCCAAUCCCCCUUGUGAGGGGGGAUCGUACCAACCCCUGGAAAACAGGGGAGGCGCGGAAGAGAAGGGAGCGAGAUCGGCGAACUUCUUGAUGGACCCAAACCUCCACUCCCCGAGAUAG